GCAGAUAAAUGUAGAGUUCUCAUUUGUUCUUGUUUCCAUGGAAACCGAGAGGACUUACUGCCAAAGUCCUUUCUUACAAGUGUUACAAAACAAGCACGUGUAUUGACGAUUUAUAAUAAGUUGUUAUGAAAGAAUUACGAAAUAACCUGUAUGUUCUCAAUGACAAUUAUGAUUCGAAAAGUUUACUACUGAAUGUGUCUCUCUUUUAUUUUCUCCCUGUCUAGAAAUAUCACUAGACAAGACUGUUAUCUACAAUAUCCGGGGAAAAUAAAUAAACAUUUUUAAAGAAAUAUUCGUUAUUCACUAUUUCCCUUUUCCGAAUGACACACCCUCAUUAAUGUUUAUUUCUUUAAUUGAUAUUACACUUACAUGCUAAUUAGGUACAUCAAUUUUACUUCAAUAUCAAUGUUUCGUCGUCACACUUUCCUUAUUGAUACAUCUGCCUCGAAAGCUUUGUAAUUAUUUUCACUGAAGUGUGAAACAGUUUGCCUGGAAGAGAGAUUACUCUUAAAAGCUAUUCUAUAAAACUUUAAAAUGAAGCAGUUUUUGAUUAGGACUUCCAUAGGGAAGUCUUAUCUGUGGCGUUCUCUGGUCUAUCAACAGGCUAGACAAGGUCAUGCUACCUCGCAAGAAGUCCAUAAGCCAAUCAAAAAAAUUUUGGUUGCUAACCGAGGAGAAAUAGCUAUUCGAGUUUUUCGAGCAUGCACUGAACUUGGCAUACGCUCUGUUGCUAUUUAUUCAGAACAAGAUAAAAUGCAUAUGCAUCGCCAAAAGGCUGAUGAGUCUUACCUUAUUGGAAAAGGAUUACCUCCUGUACAAGCAUAUCUUAACAUUCCAGAAAUUAUAAAAAUUGCUCAGGAAAAUGGGAUUGAUGCUAUUCAUCCUGGAUAUGGUUUUCUAUCUGAGAGAGCUGAUUUUGCUCAAGCUUGUAUUGCAGCUGGUAUCCGUUUCAUUGGACCUUCACCAGUUGUCAUGGAAAAAAUGGGAGAUAAAGUUUCAGCUAGAAAAGUUGCAAUAUCAGCUGGUGUGAAGGUUGUACCAGGUACAGAUACUCCUGUUACUGAUGUUAGUGAGGCAUCCAAUUUUGUUAAAGAACAUGGACUUCCUAUAAUUUUAAAAGCAGCUUACGGUGGUGGCGGGCGUGGGAUGCGUGUUGUUAAAAAGUUUGAGGAAUUUGAAGAGCUUUUUAAGCGUGCUGUAUCUGAAGCUACUUCUGCAUUUGGAAAUGGAGCUGUUUUUAUUGAAAAGUUUAUUGAAAAACCCAGACAUAUUGAAGUUCAACUACUUGGUGAUAAUUAUGGAAAUGUUGUUCAUUUGUUUGAAAGAGAUUGCUCAGUUCAAAGAAGACAUCAAAAAGUGGUAGAAAUUGCACCUGCUCCAAAUUUCCAUCCUUCGAUAAGGAAGAAAAUUACAAAUGAUGCUGUGAGAUUAGCCAAGUCAGUUGGUUAUGAAAAUGCCGGUACUGCUGAAUUUCUUUUGGAUGAAAAUGGAGAUCAUUACUUUAUAGAAGUUAAUGCCAGGUUACAAGUUGAACACACUGUUAGUGAAGAGAUAACUGGGAUUGAUUUAGUUCAGUCACAAAUAAAACUCAGUGAAGGCCACAGCUUAGCAAGUCUUGGAAUGAUUCAAGAUCACAUCCACAUGAAAGGUUGUGCUAUUCAAUGUCGUGUAACUACUGAAGAUCCAGCACAAAAUUUUCAACCAGAUACUGGAAGAAUUGAGGUGUUCCGUAGCGGAGAAGGUUUUGGAAUUCGCCUUGAUGGUGCAUCUGCAUUUGCUGGUGCUGUUAUAUCUCCUUAUUAUGAUUCCCUUUUAGUUAAAGUUAUUGCUCAUGCUCGUGAUCUCGCUGCCACUUCUUCCAAAAUGAGCAGAGCUCUUAGAGAGUUUCGUAUUAGAGGAGUAAAAACUAAUAUCCCAUUUCUUCUUAAUGUUUUGGAGAAUCCAAAGUUUUUAAGUGGUACAAUUGAUACAAAUUUCAUUGAUGACAAUCCUCUUUUGUUUCAAUUUGAAGCAACUCAGAAUAGGGCUCAAAAAUUGCUAAGAUAUAUUGGUGAAGUUAUGGUUAAUGGCCCUACCACACCAUUAGCUACUAAUUUAGUGCCAUCUGAGUUAGAUCCAGUAGUGCCAGAAAUUCCAGCAGGCUUCAAACCUUCCAAAGGCUUCAGGGAUAUUUUGUUAAGAGAAGGACCAGAGGCAUUUAGCAAAGCUGUACGAAAUCACAAAGGUCUAUUGUUGAUGGACACAACAUUCCGUGAUGCUCAUCAAUCUCUUUUAGCUACCCGAGUUCGUUCUUAUGAUCUCCUCAGAAUUUCACCUUUUGUUGCUCAUAGUUUCAAUAACUUUUUUAGUCUUGAAAAUUGGGGAGGAGCUACUUUUGAUGUUGCAAUGAGAUUUUUGCAUGAGUGUCCUUGGGAACGCUUGCAGAAUAUGCGAAAUCUCAUUCCUAAUAUUCCUUUUCAAAUGCUGCUGAGAGGAGCUAAUGCAGUAGGCUAUACAUCAUAUCCUGAUAAUGCUGUGUUUAAAUUUUGUGAAAUGGCUAAGAAGCACGGAAUGGAUGUAUUUAGGGUCUUUGACUCCUUAAAUUAUUUACCAAACUUAAUUCUAGGAAUGGAAGCUGCUGGAAAUGCAGGGGGAGUGGUUGAAGCUGCAAUUUCCUACACGGGUGAUGUAUCAAAUCCAAAACGCACAAAAUAUGACUUGAAUUAUUAUUUAAAACUGUCUGAUGAAUUAGUGAAGGCAGGAACCCAUAUUCUUUGCAUAAAGGAUAUGGCUGGACUUCUUAAGCCACAAGCAGCAAAAAUUCUAAUAACUGCUUUGAGAGAUAGACAUCCUGAUAUACCUAUUCAUAUCCACACACACGACACAGCUGGUGCUGGUGUUGCCUGUAUUUUGGCUUGUGCAGAAGCUUCUGCUGAUAUUGUUGAUGUUGCCGUUGACUCUAUGUCUGGCUUAACAUCACAACCUAGUAUGGGAGCUGUAGUAGCCUGUCUUGAAGACACUGCGCAUGACACUGAAAUUAAAUUGAGCAAGAUAAGUGAAUACUCUGCUUUCUGGGAACAAACACGCACACUUUACGCCCCAUUUGAAUGUACUGCAACCAUGAAAAGUGGAAAUGCUGAUGUUUAUGAAAAUGAAAUACCUGGUGGUCAGUAUACUAAUUUGCAGUUUCAAGCCUUCAGCUUAGGGCUUGGUGAACAUUUUGAAAAGAUUAAAAAAGCUUAUGCUGAAGCCAAUAAACUCUUGGGUGACCUUAUAAAAGUCACUCCUACCUCCAAAGUAGUUGGAGAUUUAGCACAAUUUAUGGUACAAAAUAAGCUCUCUGCUCAAGAAAUAGAAGAAAGGGCUGAAGAUCUCAGCUUCCCAAGUUCUGUCAUUGAAUUUAUGCAAGGUUAUAUUGGAACACCACAUGGUGGAUUUAAAGAGCCUCUCAGAUCCAAAAUCUUGAAAGGUAUGACUAGAAUUGAAGGAAGGCCUGGAGAAAUUUUGCCUCCAUUGGAGUUUGAUAAAUUGAAAGCUGAACUGGAAGAUAAGCAUGGCAUGGCUGUAAGUGAAUUAGAUGUGAUGAGUUCUGCCAUGUAUCCAAAAGUUUGUGAUGACUACAUCGCUUUUAGAAAUACCUAUGGGCCUGUUGAUUGUCUGAGCACACGUAUCUUUUUAGUUGGACCAAAAGUAGCUGAAGAAUUUGAAGUUAAUAUUGAGAAAGGUAAAACAUUGCAUAUUAAAACUCUCGCUGUCUCUGAGAAAAAAAAUAGUGCUGGUGAAAAAGAAGUUUUCUUUGAACUAAAUGGUCAGCUGAGAUCUGUCCUUAUUAGAGAUAAAUCAGUUAAAGAUGAAAUACAUAUUCGACCUAAAGCUGAAAAGGGAAAGAAGGGUUCUGUUGGUGCGCCAAUGCCUGGCACUGUUAUUGAUGUUAAAAUUGAAGAAGGUAAAAGAGUUGAGAAAGGAGAUGCCAUGAUUAUUUUAAGUGCCAUGAAAAUGGAAAUGGUUGUUCAAGCUCCAAUAUCUGGUAUGGUUAAAAAAGUUCAUGCAGCUAACGAGAUGAAAGUGGAAGGAAACGACCUUUUGGUGGAGAUAGAAUAGUGACUAAUAGAAUAGAGGCAAAUUUCAGAUAUCUCCAAUGGCUUGGUAUAGCUGUGGUCUAAGGUGGGUCACAUAUCGUUUGCCAAAUAUUUUGCCAAACAAAUCACUUUUUGUUUUCUUUACAGUGUUUUUAUAUCUUCGCAUUUUUUUCACUAAUCUUCUUUUUUUUUUUAAUUCCUAAAUUUGUUUUAUAUAUAUAUUUACAAAAUAAGUCAAGAAUCUGGAUGAUAAAUCCAAGAAUCAGUUAAGGAACAGAAUGCAUUUUGGUAAAGUUUGAUGAAUUAAUGCAUUUUGUUUUUAAUUUCAAUCAUCUAAUAUAUUGCAACGAUAAUUCAAACUUCUUUAUUUCCUUGAUGCGUGAAUUAAGUCCUAUUGUGAACGUAUUACAUUUUAUGUUUUUAUCGAAAAAAUAUCUUUAUUUCUCAGUUUUUUUUAAUAUAUAUAUCAGGGUUUAAGCUGAGUCUAAAAAUUCAUUAGCAAAAAAGCAAAAAUCUGAAAAAAAGUUUUAGCAAAAUGCUAAAAUGCCAUUAGGCUUAUAAAAUUACUUUAUAUCAAACAAGUACUGUAAGUUAUCUGACAAAGAAUAGCUUAAUGUACAAGAAUAUCAAAAAGAAUACCUAUAACAAAAAAAAACACAUUUAUUAUUUAUCAAAACAUUUUGGUUUAUAAUUAACAAUCUUCCUUUCUUUCAUGUUUGCCCAUUUUACAAAUGCUUCUUGAAAGUUAAAUGCACUUUCAGGGCCCUCAAUAUUAAUCAUUAACAAAUUGUUUACAUGGUUGAUUAGCAGCAACCUGUUUCGAAUAUUAGUUUUAAUCAAAUUAAGGCAGCUAAAGCCCCUUUCACAGUCAACAGUGUGCAUUGGUAUUGUUGCACAAUACUCUAUAACAGAAGUUAUUAGUGGGUACUGUUCAGACACAUCAUUGGUAUAUAAAAAUAAAAGUAAUUCAUUAAAUGACAUGUUUUUACAUCGUUGCAUUAAGAUGUGUUUAAAUAAUCCCCAUUUUUUUUAACGGAAUUUAGUAAAAUCCUUUAGCAAAAAUGCGAAAAUGCUUUGUUGAAUUUUAGCAUUUUUGAUGGGUCUUUUCGCAUUUUGCGAAAAAAGCUACCGUAGCGGAAACCCUGAUAUAUAUGUAUAUUUGCCACAGUUGCAGUGCAAGUUUAAUUUUAUCAUUCUAAUUAUAAUAUUAAAACAAUGUUUAUUUGCGCUAAAUAUAAUUAAUCUGUUUUGUGUAUAAUGCUUUUAAAGUUGCAUUUAGUACUAAUGCAUUUCUUUAAACUUAUUGAUUUAAUUUCAAUACUAGAUUUAUUUUUGUUUCUUGUUCUUUUUUACACCACAGAAAAGUUUAGCAUUUGAAUAUUACAUUAAAAUUAUGAACAUCUUAUUUGAAAUGUGCUGUUUUAGUGCCUAAUAACAAAUGCUUCCAGAUAAUUCCGUCUUGUUGCAUUACUUCCAAAACAAAUGAAUUUAUAAUUUGACUUCAAUGUUCAAAAUUAUUUUCUUGUACAUGUUACUAUUCCAAUAUAAUAGUGUUAAAGUGUAUGUGAAAAAGCUCAUAGAUAUUCAUUUAAAUAUUUAAUUGAAUUGAAGUGAUAGCAAAUGUUAUUUUUAUAAAAAAGUGUUAUACAUGAAUUCGUUUUUGAACUUAGUAUAUACAUGAUGUAAUAUGUUAUUUUAUUCUUUUGAAUCAUUAUUGGUUCAAAAGAAUAUCAUUAUUGAAUCUAUAUAUCAUUAUUGAAUUGUAUAUAUAGAAAGUAUUAAGGAUAUUAUUUUAGAACAAAUUGUUUGAAAGUUAUUAUAUAGUUUCUAAUAAAUAUUUUGUUAGCAUUG